AUGGACUCGAUUCAAUACCUAUGCAUUCCACGAACAAGCUCCAAAAAACUGUUUACAAAACAGUCAACUUCCCAUGGAGUACCUUCCUGUGGUCCGUUUCGCAUGAGUGUGGACUUGAUUCGAUACCUACACAUUCCACGAACAAGCUCCAUGAAACCGUUUACAAAACGGUCAACCUCCCAUCGAGUACCUUCCUGUGGUCCAUUUCACAUGGGUGUGGACUCAAUUCAAUACCUACACACUCCACAAACAUGCUCCACAAAGCCAUUUACAAAAUGGUUGAGUUCCUAUCUGGUACAUUCCUGUGGCCUGUUUCACCAGAGCAUGGGCUCAUUUGCACAAGUUGUCAGGACCUUAAUUGUUGUACCUUCAAUGUAA